GAUGGCCGCCAUAAUGACCUCAGAUAAAAUGGAUUCUACCAAAAUGUAAUGCUAUGACCAUAGGGGCAUGUAAAAAGUUGGUGAAUUUAUCCGGAACGUCCACACAAACCAAAUGUGGUAAAGCUGUCUGAAUUAUAACCGUAUUAUGCAUACACCAAUAAGUAAGUCGUCAUAAUUUUGGCAGCCAUAUUGAAAUUAAUGAUAUCCACAUCAAAUAAGUAUACAUGUCAUGUAUACAUUAAAACAAUUUUAGAAUUUGUACACUUUUAGGAUGUUCAUACAGGGACCUUAGAAAAUGCAUUGUGCAAACAGAAAUUCUGUUGCAAUUUUUUCAACCCAUGUAUUUUUCUUGUACUAUAAAUCUUUAAGCAGUGCUGUUCCGGUAUUUAGACCUAUAAUUUAUUUGAUUUUCAGUAUAUGGCCUACAUUUGUAAUGGCUUUUUUGCCUGUUUUUAUCUCUCUUUUUGUUUCGUUAAAGAUCUUCGCUGGUACUGUACUUCCCAACAGUAUUCAAGAAAUAAAUGUUGUUAAUAAUUUUAAACUUAAUAUUAAGGAACAUUUUAAACGUUAUCCAAGUGUAUUUGCUUAAGCUGUUUUAUGGCAACAUUUUUAUAAUUUUAAUCUUAAAAAUUUUAAACUUGUAACUCUUCAAUUUUAUAAAAUCUUAAAAUUUGCUUAAGCUGGUUUAUGAUAACAUUUUUAUCAUUUUAAUCCUAAUAAAUUUUAAACUUGUUACUCUUUUGAAUUUAUAAAAUCUUAAAAAUAUUUAACUUGUCUUAUUCUUUUAAUCUUUAUGCAUUUAAUUGUUAAUUCUACCCCUCUUUGUUCGGUUUUACCGUUUUUUUAUCCUGCUGUGUUUUUUACUUCUGUGUUUUGUAUCUGCUUGUUAAUGUAUAGACUCAAAUAAGGUUCUUUUUUACCUCUUCUCCUUGUCUUCCCUGUUUGCUUUGUAUUUUUUGUAUGUAAUGGUACUGAAUAAAAUCAAUCAAUCAAUCAAUCAACCAACAAACAUAUAAUUUUUAAAAAAUCAAUGCAAUCCUUAAGCUUGCUAUUUAUUCUGAGUAUCUAGGCCUAAUAUUUACAUAAGGAUUAUAUUUAACGACCUUGCAACAUUCAUGAAUGAAACAUUCAUUAAAUUCGUUUGUGUGGUUUUAUUGAAAAUCAUUCAUGCGUUAGAGCGUCAUGGAUCAAUUCACAAUUUAUUCUGGUUUAACAAUUCAGGAAGUGUGACAACAGUUCGACGCAAGGGCUUUUAUAUUAAACCUUUAUUUUUGAUAGUAAUAUAUAAAGGUAAUAAUCUUGACCCCUAGGCAGAAAAUCCCUAAAGCAACGUACAGUAAUACAUGAAAACCGCAGACAUAAUUUACUAACCUACGUGUUUUAUAUUUCAAGAAAGAAGUGACUCAAUAUGGCGGAUAAUGACAGCCUAUUUCCAGCACUCACGCAAAUAACUAGUACCUCGUUAUCAGAAACAUAUUGGGAAGAUGACCCAACAACUACACAGAGAAUGGAACUGUUGCUAAAUUAUGCUUUGUGUGUUAUUCAUAACUUAUCCAAGAGUACGAAGCACCGAGCAAAGUUCCGCACUCCUGAAAUGAGGAAGAUACUUGAGAUCUACAAAGGAUCACCAUCUCCUGAGAGACGAUCGUUUUCUAUGUUAGCAAUUAGUUACAUGGCGGAUCCAGCCAUUGAUAUGUCACUGCUGGAGGACAAAUAUGAUGCAAUCACUGAUUUGACAGACUAUUUAGAUAAAUCACUGAACUCAGGAAACUGGACAGGUUUUUCUGUUCAGGAAUUGGUGGAAGGAAUUUCAAACUUAGCUAUUCAUCCUUCUAAUAAAAAUAAGAUAAUAGACAGCACUUUGCACUUGUUUUAUACUAUAUUGGAGAGAAAUUUCGACAAGAAACUGACAUGCUAUGUAAGACAGAUUCUAGAUGGAUGGGGAUUCAGUGAGGCAGGAUGCACUACUGGCUCUGACCAAUGCCAAAGAGAAACGGAAACACAAAAUGAAAUUGAACAGCUUAAUGAUGAAGCAAAUAAUUCUACCGAAGAUAUUCAAAUGUUAGAUAAUCUUCAGGGCGUUUUGUCGGAAUGUGACAGUUUUGGAACUGAUAUGGUCAUGGAAAUCAUCGGCGCAGUCAAAUGUAUCGUUUCAGACAAAACGUGUGGCAGACGAAAUAUCCUCAAACAUAUGACUAUACACGAAUGGCCAGACCUAUUUAUUCGUAUAUUAUCUGAUGUGUGGACACCAAGUAAGGAGGUUUACAUUGAUGAUCUAUUGUGGCCAAUCAUUUUAAACACAAUCAUCACCCUAACCACUUACAGCGACACUGAUGUGGAAUUUGCAGGUAUUCUUAUCGAACAUGGAGCAUUGGAAUUGAUGCAAAAAAUUGUCAAUGCGUAUUACCAACAUCUUUUACAAAAGAGCAUGACAAUUGGUGAAAAAGUAAGUGAAUAUAGAGGUGAACAUCAGGAUUUUAUAGAAAACAUUAAACCAAGAGGACAGUCAGGAGUGGACAAGCAUCAAUCAAAAGAUCCCACACAAUCCAAUCAAACUGGACAGCCAGUAACAUAUGAAGAUCAGUCAAUCAAACCAGCAAUACCCGGUAUAAUACCAAGUGGACAACAAGAAGCGGACAAGCUUCAGUCAAUGCAUCCAACACAAACCAAUGUAACAAGUGGAGAGCUAGGAACAGACGAACUUCAGUCAAUCGUACCAACAAUACCUAAUACUCGAGCUGGACGGAAAGAAACAGAUCAUCUACAAGUUAAACCAACUAUAUCCGAUAAAUCAAGUAGACAGCCAGAAACAGACGAUAACCAGUCAACGGAUCCAACACUACACAAUAUAAUAAGUGGACAGUCAACCGGUAUUGGAGCCUCGUAUACUUUUAAACCAGUCAGCAAGUAUGCUUGUGUCAGUGAUGAUUCAACCAUUGCAUACCGUAAACACAGCGAUGUUUUGACUAACAAUGCUGUGUUUGUUACUUGCGAACCAAUAGAGUCAUCCAAAAUCUUUGAGUUUAAUAUCGACAAAAUCGAUGCACGCCAUAAAGAUUUCUCAUUGGAAUUCGGUGUUUGCAUUUACAACGACAAAUUUCCAGAUGAUGUUUUUUACGAAGGAUAUGGAUUCGGUCAAGGAAGCGGAUUCUGGAUAUUACUAGGCAAUAGUCUUAGGAAAGAUUUUGCGUUGGUCGGCAGGAAUUAUAAACUUAACCUGCACACCAUACGCGUAAAUGAUAGAGUAGGAUUGGUUAAACAUUCGAAUGGAUCUAUGGGUUUUCUAUACAAUGGGAAGUACCAAGGAAACGCUUUUCGCAAUAUACCUGAAGGUGUUUAUGGUUUAGUUGCUACAACUGGCAGAUGUGUCCAAGUUUCAAUCACUGGCGACGCUGGAACUACCUUUCACGGGGAACAACCAGCCGAUUUACCAGUAAAUCCUCCCAGGGAAUUAGUUAAGUUUAGGACAUUUGGUACCGAGGAGGUGACAAUUUCUCAGCCGUUGCGUGUAGCAUAUGAAGUGGAACACCCAGAAGCAGCCGACGCCGCGCUUAAUAACGAGUAUAUGUCCUUGGAAAAGCUACUAAGUCAGAUGGUUGCUCUUCAGCUGCAAGCUUCUAAGAAAGGAUACUUAAAUGAAAUCGACGUGAGGGCUAUGCUAAAUAUUAGUGUUAAUAUCUACAAUACUCAUCGAAACUCUAAUACGCGCGUUGACCCAAUCUCAAAAUUCCAAAUCCGAUUUAUUACAGACGGUGUUAUUUCGAUGGGUAGAUCGUUUAAAAAGCAUGAAGUAGCUAAUUCGCCUUCUAAGGAAACACACUAUUCUUUAGGCCUACCUGAACGACGGAAGCAAGUAUUUGAUGUAGUGAGACCAUGCUUUGAUAACAUUCAGGACAUGAGUGGGAUUGUUUGGACAGGAAGUACGAGUGAAGGCUUUGCAAUAACAGAUAAGAGUGGCCCUGGUACACCUUACAUAGAGGAUGAAAUGGAUCUUAUGAUCCCUCUUGCUGUGGCAACUGAAGAUUCUCGAAGAAGCAUGUGCAAAGAUUUUGCAAUACUCAAAAAACCAAUAAGUGGAAUUACAAAUAAAGUUGAAGCGAAAGAAAAUGAACAAGGAGACUUCAAGAAAGAAUGUCUGAUAACAGAACUAGAAAAUAUUGGAAGGUGUCAGCAAAGUGGAGAAUGUCCUCCCUUCAUUUGGCGUCCUUCUUUUCAUGCUGGUUAUGUGUCCAUAAGUAUUCCAGAAAGUAUGGAAAAUUACGUAAGUGAAAGUUUCACCAAACACGUUUGCGCAAGAUCAAGAUCGGCCGAUGGAAGCAGUGAUCUGUUUUUGACACGCUCUAAGCUUCUUGCCAUCCAAGAAGAGUACACCAGAGGACGACUUCAUGCCAUACAAUCUCAUAUUUCUAAAGUCAGGGAUGACGAAGGGGAUCAAUUUAAAGGGCAACUAAGACUUGUCCAACAAGGACCUGUGCAGACUAUCUCGGUUCGCUACGAAUCAAACAGUGAUGAUGGCUUUGAACUAGAAUUCGACCAAACAGUUGAUGUAGCUAUUGCAUUGCAUGGAGUCGAUUGGCCAACAUUCGCCAACCCUUGGAUAUCAAGAAAUCGACAAUGGCCUGAAAAAGACACCGUGGACAAGAUAAUAAAGGACGGUUAUCAUAUUGUCCCCAAAUAUUUUCCUGGUGGAAGUGGAAUUGACUUAGAAUGGCGGUUGUCAUUUUCUGUGGCUGAACGCACUCUAGCACGCACAUUCACAGAUAAUCAACGAACUUGUUACAUUGUUUUCAAAAAACUAUGGAGAAAGUACUUAAAGGAACCAAAGGUGCUUUCAUCCUAUCACAUCAAAACCACUAUGUUUUGGCUGUGUGAGAGAACUUCUUCAAACGACUGGACAGAAUUCAGUCUGGGUGAAAGGUUUCUAGAUCUUCAAAAUUUUCUUAUCCUGUUUUUGCAAAGGCAUAAUGUUCCAAAUUUCUUCAUUCCUGAGAACAACAUGAUUAGUCAUGUAGACCCAGCAGAUGUGAAAGAAAUCCUAGCAAAAGCCCAAGACAUUCGUCGUCGCCAACAGUAUUACCUCGACAUCAUGUUGCGCCAUGAUCAUCUUUUAAUAGUCUUUUACUAGAAAUGAUAUAGAUACGUCUUGAAGUUAUAUAAGCAUAUUAUGAGAUCUAUCUUUGUUAAUUAUAUAGUAUAUUUAUCAUCCUCAUAAUAAUCAUUAUUCAUUAUUUUCAUUCAGUAAUUCUUAGUAAUCAACCAUCAUCAUAAAAACAUGGGAAAAUAAAAGUUCGGAAUUGGUAAAUGCCAGAUCAGUUUGGAAAAAUAUCAGCAACAUAUUACUUAUUGACGAAAUCGACGCACAUUAUCAGUGCUGCAUUUUUUCUGACACCUAUCAAAAUCCAUUUUAAUUGGCAUGGUACUGAAACACAUCUUCCAAAGAAAAAAGUAAAUCACUGUUUAAAUUGUUUAUUCUGUAUACAUUUCACCUCGGCUUUGUGCUGAAGUCAGGCAAAAGCUUGUGUAAUAAACAAGUUAUUGUUCUUUUUACUUGCCUUUUGUCUUGUGUGUAAGUUUACUUCAGUAGGAAUGGAAAUAAUUCAUACCAAGGCAAUUGAAUUGCAUGAUUACAUAAAACGCUAAGCACCUGUCUCAAGCGACGUACGGUAGUGCUUUUUUGAAAUACAGUUUGAAUAUAAUUCACACACGGUACGAUUUUUAUACUUCUAAUGACCUAAUUGUAAUAAUAUCGUAUGUGCCGUACUGAAACUGUAAAAUUGCCAUAAGCGCUGAGUUGAGUUAUUUACAAUAUGAACCCUAGUAUUACGGAGCCCCUAUAAAGGGGCAUACUUAGUGUAACUGCCUCAACGUAGCAGCAGCUUUGAUAUGCAGAUUAAUAAAGACACUGUAACGAUUUUACUGGCUUGGCUGUAUCAUUUAUUCUAUCUUUCUUGCCGGCCGGCAUAUCAAGCCGUGUCGUAAAAUUCCGGCAAUCAAAUAACAAAAUUCGUAAUUAUUAAAAUUAUCAGAAAAUAACAAAAUCAUAACACUAAUUAAUUAAACUAAACUAUCAUUAAAUCAAACUUCAGGCUUUUGGAGUUAUUCAUCACUAUCGUUAUCAACACUGCUGCAUCCAGAGUAAAUUGUUAUCACUAAUUAUGUCAUUAUUAAUUUUAAUUAAUUUAGUGUAUUGUCAUUAUUGUUUUCAUUGAUAAGUCAUUUAUUACAAAAAUAGUUCCAUGGUCAACAGUCUAUAAAACAGUAUCCUGCUGUGCUGCUCAAUCAAGCGGAACGGACCCGCACGAGUGUACGACUUUCAGUGAAUCAGCGAUGAAGGAAGUUUCAAACACAACAACUUUAAUUAAUUGAUAGUGAUGUAUUUUUAUUCCAGUGCACUCCAAGUAUAGCCUAUCGAGGCUUUAGUAACACUUUUUUAGUUGCAAAUACAAUUGCAUACAGUAAUUUGUUGUAGGGUCAGCAUAGUUGAUUUUAUGUUGUCGAGUGCUGACCUAUUUUACAGGGUACGGUAUUUCUAAACUUUAGUUUUCGUAAUUGAUUAAAUGACAAUAUCAUGCAA